UUCUUUCUGAGGGUGAAUGCCACUUCCCACGUUGCUGCAACACAAGGUUUCCACAUCGCUUUGGCCCCUUAAUUGCGGAAGUGGCGGCGCGCGGGGCCGGGCUAUCAAUCAAUCGGCGGUUGCCCUGGGGACGGGAGCCGGGGUUGCCAUGGACCGCGUUCCAUGGUGACGCGGCGGAGGCGGCUGCUGCUCCAACUGCUCAUGAGGAGCCGGGAGGUGGUGGUUGGCCGCGGCGGUGAGGAACGGGACUGGGCCCGGCGCAAAGCCGAGGAUCCGGCUCCGGCAUCGACGCCGGGCCGCCUGCUGUUUCUGCCGCCGGGACCCGAGCCUACAGCCGGGCCGCAGCCUCGGGGUGGAGUAGGAGAUUGGAAAGAGGCCUUAACAGAGGCUGUAAACAUUCUCCAGUGUGGUCAGGUAGUGGCAGUUCCUACAGACACCAUCUAUGGAAUCACCUGCCUUGCACAGAAUUCUGAAGCCAUCCGAAGGAUUUAUGAAAUCAAAGGACGGAGUGAGGAUAAGCCUUUGGCAGUUUGUGUUGGUCAUGUGGAAGAUAUUUAUAAGUACUGUAAGGUCACUGUUUCUGAUCAGGUAUUAAGAGAUCUCCUGCCAGGACCUGUAACAUUAGUCUUCAAGCGGUCAGAAGAACUGAACAAAGAUUUGAAUGCUUUCACUGAUUUGGUGGGAAUACGUAUUCCAAAGCAUCCGUUUAUUCAGAAGCUUGCAGAGGUAUGUGAUGGACCUCUGGCUUUGACGAGUGCCAACCUUAGCUCUCAGACCAGUGCGCUGACCACUGAGGAAUUUCAGGACCUUUGGCCCUCGUUGGGUCUUGUUGUUGAUGGUGGACCGAUUGGCAACAUGACAAAGCCAGAAUGUCGAUUGGGAUCAACAGUGGUGAACUUGGGCACACCUGGAAAAUACAGCAUCAUCAGACCUGGCUGUGCAUUUGAUGCCACCGUGGAAAUUCUCCAGAAUAAGCAUGGCUUGUCCUUACAGUCAUAAAACUGGAGUAAACUUUAUUGGAUGUGGAUUCUUUUUUGAUACAAGACAAAUCUCUCUGUGUUGAACCCUGUCUCAGCCUGAGUAUCUGCUUUUAUUGUAAAGUUUGAGUCCAGAGAACUCAUCUGUCCCUUAUCCUGUUGACUGUACUGUGCACAUUUUAUCCCCGGUGUGUUGUAUAUUUCAUUUGGUUUGCUCCAAGGUUAUUCUUCCAUCGUACAGUUUAGGGAAGUAAAAGGCUGUUCCAAGAAAAUUCAGGUUAUGACCUGAGAACUUGUGCUAUCUAUUCUCUCACUCUUUGAGCACAACAACAGGAAACAUUAUUACAGAUGAAGUUGAAGACUGAGCUGUGCUCUGGAAUUUCCACUUUCAUUCUUUUACCUGCCAUUCAUGAGUUAUUACUCUCAUUUUCUUGUACAUUGUAAUUUGCCUGCAAAUGGAGUCCUGCACUGGGUGGUUUCUAAAGUUCACUGUCCAUUCAUGCUGUAUUGUUUCAGAAUUAGUCAUAGGUUGAGGAAAUAUUACACAGGAGCUUAGUUUGAACUUCGAUAAUAGCAGUGGAAAACUUCCAAUGCAUCUUCUACCUCAGGUCUAAUUACUCUUUCUUUUAUGGUGAUGCUUAAAGUGUGCUGUGAUAAGACAGAACUUAUAUUAAUUAAUUGUAAGCAUGGAAGUCCAGAUCCAAGUUUAUCUUGACUUAGGACAAGCUGAACCUAUUUUCCCGUGUUGAUUGUAGAGGUGGAGAGCAGGAAAAUAUCUCUCCUUCUGUCUACAGGAAGUAAGUUUUGAGCUAAUCGUUCUUCUUUUUGAAUUUGAGAAAGAGGACUUUCUUGUGGCCAGCCCUUCAAUUACUUUAAUUUUUUAUUCAAAAGCUCAGAGAUUGGUGAUGAGGUUUAGCUGCUGGCAUGCAUUUUCUCUAUUUCUUCUCUCUUAUUUGUCUUUUUUUCCCUGUUCGCUCUGUCUCUCUCAUACUCUCUUGCUCUCAUUCUCAUGUUCACAUCCUCCCACUCAUGUAUUCGCUCUCAUGCUGCAGUUAAUGUUUUGUCCUUUAUUGGAGAGAACAUGGAUCCUGUGCCUUCUGUUCUAUUGGUCAUCUAUUGAUCUAGGCCAUCUGCAUCCUGUCCUCACCUUGACAUCUUGCUACUGAAAGUUACGUUAUCCCGUAAAAGGAUGUUGCAGGGAGACUAGUGCUAAAUAUAGCAACCUCCGCACAUCUACUCCAAAUGGUGGGUAGUCCUUUUUUUGGAACUGAAAGCACGGUGUUUGGAACAAUGAAGAGAAAGAACAGAAUGAUUAGAAUUGUCUAAAGCUUUUAUUUUGACGCUCAUUAACCCUCGUCUUUGAACAGUAAUCCUAGGUUGUAAAUUGAAGAUGAUAUUUAGUGCUGCAUGGAUAAUGAAAUAUUUUGAAUUCUCGGAAUUCCAACCACAUGUUAAUUUCUGAAAAAAUUCUGACUUAGAGGGUAUUCACUUCUUUUACUUACAAGAAAUUCAAAUAUCCUAAAUUUAGAUUUGCAUCAUUGAUUUACAUUUGUAGUAGUCAUAGAUGCAUUUCAAUGUGUAGUGUGAAAGAAUACUUUUCAGACAGUCAUACACAAAUAGAGCAACCAAAUGUUUCUGCCUGACCUGCUAUAGCUUCAUCUCACGUUUAAACUUUAUUUCUGAAUAUUGUUUUGAUGUGUACCUGAAAAUUACUGGUGCCUUGGUAAAAAUUUUAAAAUUUCAACAAAAAGAUCCAAGUAAAUUAUUUUAAAAAGUAGGAAAUCUCUGAAAGCAGGUUUCCUUGUCAUGUUAUUUGUGGCUGAUGGUAUUAUUUUUGUGGUUAAGCUAGUAGCUCAGUAUUUGUCAACAGAACUUCUGGCUUUCAAUUCUACGCUGCCUCUGAACUCGGGCACGGUGAAUUUAUGUGCUAAUUUUUCUUGAACUUUAAAGAAAAUAAAAUGGUAUUUAUAUUCCUAGGCA